GAAUAAUAUCAGACGAAAGCUGCGUCUCGCGCUGUGUUCGAUGUAAACGCUACGCUUCGUGUCCUAAAUGGCGUCGGAAUCGACGAAGCUGGAGCAACUGAAGGCCAUACUGGCAAAAGCAAAAAGAUCCGCUGCAAGUGGCGUUAACUCGCCUAAUCAAUACACCACAAAUGCCAACGAUAUCAUCGGUUCGUCGUCGCCGGUAUCGCCGGUGAGAAAGACCGGCAGCAUACAAAACUGUCAACCGAUAGAAUCCAGGCUGCCACCAACAGACGGUGCAGGUGAACACGACCAGUCGCCGCAGCAAGCGACCAUGCACCAACUCUCGAACACCGAGCAGGUUGGGCUCAGCAAGCUCGACCGGCUCAAAGCCGUGCUCGAGGAAAGCAGGAGGAAGAAGGCGGCUAGCCCACAAAACGUACCGCCACCUCUGAUGCCGGCUUCCUGCAAAGAGGCACUGCCAAACUGCAUCAGACCAGUGGCCAGCAACAAGUGCCAUGAAAAGGACUCGGUUCAAAGUGUAGCAGUCCAAACUACAUCACCAGAACAGACGUCGGAGAAAGCGAAGCGGCUAAAGGAAUUGCUUGAAAGACAAGCCCGAAAGAAAGCAACCAUGCAUUUGCUGAGCUCGCCAACACCCCCAGUUCUGAACCAGGUUUCCAACCAUGGUGAAAAGGGCGCUGAAAACUCGUCGGGGGCCAUCCCAUCCUCCGUGCUCCACUCACAGAAGGACAGCGAGACCAGCACUGGUCAGUUUCCAUGCUCAAGGCUUCCAAUCGGCAUGCGAGUUGCGGUUGUCUUCCUCAGGCUGGGAGAGGAACAGAAGGUAAUCUACCUGCAAGAGGUGUCGGCUCUACGGGACCUUAUCAAAAUGGUGAAGUGUCUCAGCGCUGUGGCCUCCAAGGAGAGCCAACAUAUCGAGGAGCCCGUUCCAGGUGCCCUCGUUGCUGUUCUGCAUGGCAAGGACUCGACGUGGUACCGUGGACAAAUUGGCUCCGUUCACUGCGACGAAAAGGAUGCAGCAAGUGGCAAUGGGUCAAUAAAGAAGGUGCGGGUGUGGUUCAUUGACUACGGGCGCUGGGACGACGCACCUGUGAACUGCCUGCGCCCUCUGCCAGACACUUUCGAGCGGCUUCCCGGUUUUGCAAUUCCGGUCACCCUGCACGGUCUGCACAAGGUCCGGCUACCCAAGGACGUCGCGUUCGAGGGGAGUUUUCUCGACGCCGAGGUGGUGACCAAUAGCGAACAGCAGUCGGUCCGACUCUACAUCCGCAACGACGACCUUUGUCUGAACGACACGCUUGCCGUAUACGCAGAGUCCACCAGUGAGCCGUCUGCGGCAUGACAGCCAUGUUUGAGAUCCGCUUAGAAACUGUCUAAGCACUGCAACUCCACCUUCAGAAUUGUGCUUAGGAGAGGAAAAUGCAGUACUGUGAAGAGUCGCAAUGCAGUGUAAAUUAUUUUCUAUGGAUGCCUGAAAGGUGGUUGAGUGAGUUUCAGUGUAUAUUGCAUUAACAUGGCUUCUCCCUUUUACUUGCAAUGGCGAAUUUUAUACUUUAUGGUUUCAUUGGUUUGUAGAUCUUUUUGCGUAAAGUCUCUUUUCUGUCAAGUGCCUCCCAGAUGUCUAAGCAUAAUGUAUGUUGCGAUAAUCGGCGUUUGCAUUCGCUCGUGUCAGCUUGUCUCGAGCCUAUAUUUUGUCAUGUGUCUAAUCACAAAAAAUGAAAAGGGGAGAGGGGAAUUUGCAGAGAUAUGCACCAAAACCUCGGAGGCAACAGCCAUCAUUCGCUGAGUGCAUCGUUCACCACAGCAGAUGCAAAGACUCGCAGUAUGACUUUUACCUUGUGAAAUCACGCUUAGCAAACUGUUGCACUAUAAAAGAGAAGUGCCAGUUAACACAGUCAGAAAGCGAUAGCCGAUACCGUUCCACUUACUGUAAUUGUGUAGUACUGUGUUGUGCCAGUGUUUGUUGUGUUUUAGUUGAAAUAUAUUUUCGGGCAAGAGUCGCAGAACUAAAAAAAAUCGGAUGAGUAUGUCCUGGUUUAAAACACAAUCAUUUUUGUUUUGUCACUCUUGCCCUAAUAUGCCUUUAGUGUUUAUGUACAAUUUAAAUGUCUCACCUCUUUCGUUACCACUAGAAAUGUGCUCAUUUUCGAUGUCAUUAUGUUUAAAAUUUUUAUUUCAUGACCUCGUUGUUGCAACUUAUACUGCAAUGCAUAAAUUUAUAGCUUAUUGGUGUUUUGAAUUGGCACGUAGCAGUAAUAAUUGCUGAGACAAUUUUUUAGAAUCCUUAUGUGAAGCUUCAAAUAAGCACCUCAAGGAACACGAAUGAAAGUAAUAAUUUGCUAUUUUUAGUAUAAAUACUGAGUAAAAAAAAAAAUCUGAAAUAUGCAAAAUAUGCACCAGCUUCCUAGUUCCCAACUUUUGUAAGUCGAAUCACUCAUUAAAAUUCGUAUGAAGAUUUGUUGGCAUCAAUACUAGCUGUGGAGAUGCUGAUGCUGUGCGGGAAAGCAGUAGCUUCGCAAAUUUGAAAAUGGGUAAGCUCCUAUUGUACAGGGAGCAUUUGUUUUUACUGCAUGCUUUAAGCUGUGUGGUUAGUAUCGUGAGCGCUGAAGUGCUGGCAUUCUCAGGGGGCACCUGGGCCCCCAGUGCCCCCCCCUGCUCUGGAUCCGCCAGUAUCAUGACCGUCCACCGUUGUUGAGACAGUGUUAAAGCAGCUUAUAUGUUGGAUGAGAAAAUUGACAACCCGAAAGAAGCUUCUGUGUCUUCACUGCUGCUGUCAUUUAAAAAUUGUUGCCAAGUUUUUGCUAGGAACACUGUAGGCUAGUUUUGACGAUACCUCCAGUAAAAGCUUUAUUUUUUCCAGACUUCCCAAUCUGCCAAAAAUUGUAAAAUCUGGCAAAUAGCUACAGUUUAGUCAUAAUUUCAGACGGUGCAUGAUGUUGCAAGUAAAGGAAUUCUAUUAGAAAUGUUUAACAACCCAUUGAAAAACUAUCAAUUUCUAUAGGCACGCUAACAAAGGAGUUAAUUCUUGCUGUUAUGCUUGUGGUGCAUCAUGGUUGUUGAGUGGUUUUGUAAUUUUGAUAAUGCAUGCUGAAAGAUGUGUGUAUUGAUAAGUGUAAUGCGUGCCCCUUCUGACAAAUGUACACCUUUUUUUUCCCCCUCUUUUUUUUUUUUUUGAGGUGCAUGUUACAUCAUAACUUUUGGCAGUUCAUUAUAUAUAGUCUGCUGACAUCAUUCACUCAUUUCUCAUCCAAUUAAGAAUGCAUCCCUUAUCCGUAAAUGAAUUGGGAUUCAACUGCAGAUACUUGCCUUCGCAGAAGUAGCAAAUUCCAGCAUCGUUAAGUUGUGGUGGUGAUUGUAUAGCAUUGGAAAUGAGUUAAACAUAUGUGCAACAAUAACUGUCCCUCUAGGGCUGACGUCCAAGCAGUGUUCCUAUUGACACUCCAGGUGAUUUCUCGAAAAUGUCUAGUUUAUAGUUGUCUGCAGGUGGUACUGUUAGCGUUAUUGAAUACCCUUGUCCAGUCAGCAUGAACCUGUGAAUUUAAUGUACAGGAACAAAUAAAAAAUUGUAAAACUUC